GAAUUGUUUCCUCGAGCAAUGACUUUCUUUCUAAUUUUUUUUAUUAGUUAUUUCUUUUGUCUUGGUAAAGCCAUAGAUUGUGGUGGGAAGAGUGUUUCAUAUACUAUCUAUGUUGAUCAAUCUGGCAAAGUUGGAUUUAGAACAAUUCAAGCUGCCAUUGAUUCUAUAAAGUGGAAUAAUAAUCAAUGGGUCAAAAUUCACAUAAAAGCUGGAUUAUACAUGGAAAAAGUUCAAAUUCCCGCAGAAAAGCCAUGCAUCAUCUUAGAAGGAGAAGGUAAUCAAUAUACAAUCAUAAGUUUCUAUGGCCACGACACAACAAACAAUAGUGCUACAUUCACUUCAUCGGCAUCCAAUGUGUUUCUGACUAAGAUUGCUUUCAAGAACUCAUAUAAUACCGGAAGUAAAGGCCAAAAAAUAUUUCCAGCAGCGGCAGCACUAAUACAAGGAGACAAAUCUUACAUCUAUGGGUGCAAAUUUAUAGGUUAUCAAGAUACUUUAUUUGAUGCACUUGGACGUCAUUACUAUAAAGAUUGUGACAUUCAAGGUGAAGUGGACUUUAUUUUUGGUUUUGCACAAUCUUACUUUGAGAAUUGUUCCCUCUAUGUUAUAGGGAGAAAUGCAGCCGGUUAUGUCACAGCUCAAGGGAGAGAUUCACCCAAUAGUCCAAGUGGUUUUGUAUUUGAAGGGGGUAACUUAAUGGGAAAUGGUAAAGUGAAUUUAGGAAGAGCAUGGCGUGCUUACUCAAGAGUCAUAUUUCAUAAAACAUAUUUUUCUUCGGUGGUAACUCCUCAAGGAUGGAAUAAUUUCGGUCGUGUUGGUCAAGAGGAUAAUUUUACUUAUGCUGAAGUUGAUUGUAAAGGACCAGGAGCUGAUACUUCAAAGCGUGUUCCAUGGAUAAAAAAGUUGAAUCCAUCACAAUUAGAAGAAUUUUCUUUAACAUCUUUUAUCAAUAAAGAUAAUUGGAUUGACAAUUUACCAAAUAUCUUCUAAUAAUUUAUAUUCCCUGAUUUAAGUUGAGAAAUUUUGUACGUGAAUGAUCCGCAAUUAUUAAUGUUUGUAAACUCAACUAAAUGUAAU